CCUGAAAGUGGCAAAUUUGCAAUUCAGCAGUGUCAGUUUCAAGAUUCUCUCCCUCUCUCUCUCUCUCUCUCUCUCUCUCUCUCUCUAUCUAAACCCACUUCGAGUUGCAGUCAAAGAAGUCCUGGUCAUCUCUCUCUCUCUGUCUCUAUGUGUGCAAAAAUGGCAUGCGAAGGCAAUGUCUUCACUUCCAUAGUCUCUUUACCAGCCUUUGGCCUCAUGAUCAUGCUCAUCAUUCUGGCUGUCUUCAAUCACAGAGUCCCUCUCAGCCAAUCCGACUUCCAUGAAAUCUUCAUUUCCAAUGGUGACAACUCCACCAUCUCCUCUCACCUCCAUUCCUUGACUCAGAACCCUCAUUUAGCAGGUACCAGAGGAGCCCAACAAGCUCUCAGCUAUGUUAUGAACCAGUUCAACAAGCUGGCCUUCAGGACCCACACUGCAGAGUACAAAGCUCUGCUCUCAUAUCCGUUGCAAAGGAGCCUGGUUUUGCAGUUUGAGAAUGGGACCAGAACGAAGCUUUGGCUUGAUGAAGCUGACAUGGGUCAGGCUGUUGCUCCUUACCAUGCUUAUGCACCUUCUGGUAAGGUCUCUGGUAAGGUGGUUUUUGCAAAUUAUGGGAGAGAAGAGGAUUUCCAGAGGCUCAGAGAGAUGGAUGUUAAUGUUAGUGGGUGUGUUGUUCUGUGUAGGAAUGGGCAACUCUUUAGAGGUGAGAUAGUUAGGAGAGCUGCUAAAUAUGGGGGAGUUGCCUUGCUUUUGUACAAAGACAGUGAAAGAUUUGUGGGGAAAAGAGAUGGGUUUUCUAAGGGGUUUGGUGAGAUGAGAAAUGGGGUUUACAGUGAGGGUUAUGGUGAGAAGAAAGGUGGGAUUUUUGAGGGUUACAAGGAGAGAACAGAUGGGUUUCCUGGUGAGGGAAAGGAUGGGUUUUCAGAGGUAGAGGGAGAUGGGUUCUUUAAAGAUGAUGGGAUAGAGAGAGGAACAGUUAUGGAAGGAUUAGGGGACCCUUUAACUCCUGGUUGGGGGGCUAUGGAAUAUGCAGAAAGGCUCGAUAUUGGGGUUGAAGAAGUUAGAGAGAGGUUUCCAAGUAUUCCAUCUUUGCCUAUAUCUGGUUACAAUGCAAAGGUGAUAUUGGAGUCUCUUUGGGGGCCCCAGUUACCAGAACAGUGGAAGGGUGCCUUACACAGUGAGGUUGGUAGGGUAGGGAGUGGUCCUACAUCGGUGGACUUCGAGUACAAGGAAAGGAGAACAAUGGCAACCAUCAGGAAUGCUUUUGCAGUUAUAAAAGGGGCCUUGGAACCAGACAGGUAUGUUCUCUUGGGGAAUCACAGAGAUGCAUGGACAUAUGGUGCAGUUGACCCAAACAGUGGCACUGCAACUCUUUUGGAAAUCGCACGUAGAUUCCGCCUUCUUUUGCGUAAAGGUUGGGUGCCAAGAAGGACCAUCAUUUUAUGCAGUUGGGAUGCUGAAGAAUUUGGGAUGAUUGGAUCAACUGAAUGGGUUGAGCAGAACCUUGGGAACCUGGGAUCUAAGGCUGUGGCUUACCUUAAUGUCGACUGUGCUGUUCAGGGGCCUGGCUUCUUUGCAGCUGCAACUCCCCAACUAGAUUCUCUCUUAGUUGAAGUUACAAAGGAGAUUAAUGAUCCAGACUACGCUGAAAGGACCGUGCAUCAAUUGUGGAGUGCCAUGGCAAAUGGGAGUGUGAAGAUUGAUAGGCUUAGUGGAGUGGCUUCAGAUUUUGCUCCAUUCUUGCAACAUGCUGGAAUUCCAUCUCUAGACAUGUUCUUUGGUGAAGACUUUCCAGUGUAUCAUACAGCUUAUGACACUUACAAUUGGAUGAGGAAAUAUGGGGAUCCACUCUUUCACCGUCAUGUAGCAGUUUCUGGAAUUUGGGGACUUUUGGCACUUCGCCUGGCUGAUGAUCUGGUCCUCCCUUUCGACUACUCCUCCUAUUCCACUCAAUUGCAGGAGCAUGCGAAGGCAUUACAGGGCCUUAUGAGUGCUGGAAUAACCCUGCAACCCAUAAACACAGCGAUUCAGGAGCUCAAAGAAGCAGCCGUUACAGUUGCAGAUGAAGCAGAGGAACUGCGCCAUGGCAGCUCAACAGAUGUGGCAUUCGAGCUGAAGAGGCGGGCGUUUAAUGAUAGGCUCAUGCUUACCGAGAGAGCUUUCUUGGAUGCAGGCGGCCUCCGGGGAAGAGAAUGGUUCAAACAUCUGAUAUAUGGACCCAGCAAGUACAGUGAGAGCAAGCUCGGUUUCUUUCCUGGAAUUGUCGAUGCAAUUUAUAAAGCAAAAGAAAGAGAUAAUGGGGAGGAAGGGAAAGCUUUAAUUCAACAUGAGAUUUGGAGGGUGGCAAGAGCCAUUAGCAGAGCCGCUGCUGCCUUAAAAGGAAACCUUAUAUAAAAAAUGUGUUCGUUUGUCUUGUUAAUGCACAUCCUUAUAGAGAAUUGUGUAAAAUCAUUCCUUCCAUUUUAAAAAAAGGUUUGAUUUAAAUGACAGUAUGAGAAGAAAGUGGCUCUCUCUCUCUCUUUCGAAGGAACAGAGUAACAAGGGAUAUAGAGACUUUCGAUUGAAGUAGCUGUUCUACUAAUUUUUUAAGGAAUGGGUGUGGUUUGUAUAAAGUUGCAACCUUAAA